UAGGAGAGAAAUAGACAAGAAGAAGGGGGCAGUUGGGAUUUAGAAUAAGUGUGAAAGUUACUAAACAUGAGACCAACAAUCAAAUUUAAUGCCUUUUUAUGUAUGCUAGUAACACUUUUUGUAUAUACUUGUAUUUAUUUUUAUCAUAUUAUAUGAAUCACUCACUAUUUAUAUUUGCAUUUUUAUGAAAUGAUGAGGCUUAUCAUAACCCUUCCCUCCUCGUCACGUCCUUUUUAUUUCCCUUCUCCCAAUAACUUCAGAAUUCCACGCCUUCAUUUUUUUCUAAAUUUUUUUUUUUGGCCACUCUUAAUUUUUCCUUUAAUUUUUUGUCUUUUUCUUGGCCUUUUAUUGCAGUCAACUAGGAUUAUUAUCUCUAUAUUCUUUAACCAUUUUAUUUAAUUUUUUACCCUUUUAUUCAAAACUCCCAAAACAUACCCUUCCUCUUAAUUCUAACCUUCUCUUUCUACUAUUCAUGUGAUCCAUCUCUUUCACUUACUCUUGCACAAUUUUCCAUUUUCAUUCUAAAUAUUACUAUUUUUAUAAAUAUUUGCACCCCUUAUUUAUUAUUUAUUCUCUUUAUAAGAGUGUAAACAACAACUACUACUACUUAGGUUUUUUUUUUUUGUAACAAUAUAUUGUUGCAUUGCAUUAUAUUCUCUACACAAAGUGAGUAAGCUAGAAGAAGAAUUAUGAUGGGUUUUAAUGAAGUUGCUAACCAAGAUCAUAGCUUGGGAGAUCCUUUCAAAGGCGGUCGUAAGCUUCAACCUCUCGUUCCGAGGCCUUUUCUCUCAUCUCCAACUCCUAAUCACAAUGUUAACACCACUUGUUUAACGGGUUUUCAUCAUAACCCUACAAAUUUUCAUAAUAAACCUUCUAAUCACCACAUUCUCUCCUUAAACAACACCACCACCACUCGCCACCAACACCACUUUGAAGAAGGUAAGGAGGCAGUGGGAACACAUCAAGUCAUGGUGAGUUCAAGGUGGAACCCAACGCCGGAGCAGCUGAGGGCGUUGGAGGAGUUGUAUAGGCGUGGCACUCGAACGCCUUCGGCCGAGCAAAUUCAACACAUCACUGCUCAACUUCGCCGUUAUGGUAAGAUAGAGGGCAAGAAUGUAUUCUACUGGUUUCAAAAUCAUAAGGCCCGGGAACGCCAAAAACGACGUCGUCAACUUCAACUUCCUCUUCAACCACCUUCUGGAAGUAAGAUAGGUUUUGAAGGUGAGCAAAAGAGUUGCAAAUGGGCACAAUCAUCUACAAACAAGGAAGAAUCUGAUCCACCAAUACAAAUAUCAGAAGAAGCAGCAGCCCUAACAAAAUCAGAUAUCACGACAAAUCCUAUUUCAUCUGAUGGUUGGAUCCAAUUCCAUGAAUUCCAACAUAAUCAUACUACCAAUAAUAAUAUUAAUAAUUUCAAUAUUAUUUUAAGUGAAAAAAAUUUAUUAUUUGCAGGAGAAAGGAAUUCCACGUGGCAAACUACUACUACUCCUACUCAUGAUAAUAAUAAUAUUAUGAUGGUCCAACCAUUGUCUUGUUCUUGUUGUUUCCCUUCUUCUGUUCCGUUUUCUCUCUCCUCUAAACAUAAUUUUCCCUCCAUAAUUACUUCCAAAGAUCUUAACAUUAUUAACAAUGGUGGUGAUGACUUUGGCGAAAGGCGGCCGUCGUCUCCUACCCUACAACUCUUUCCAGUUGUAAGAGACGACGACAAUGACAACAACGACGAUGGUGAUGACGAUGAGAAUAAUUCAUGUCUUACGACGACUAAUAACAAUGAUCAUGAGAAAGGUGGUAGUAGUAGUAGCAGCAUUCAUGAUAUGCCUAAGUUGUUGGUGUGUAACAACAACAAUCCUUUUCCUUAUUAUCAGUUUCUUUAAAUGAGACUGUUUUUAGAGUAAAUGUAUUUAAGUUUCUAUUUUUAGCAGUUUACUUAUUAUUAAACUGUGGGAAAGUCACGUGAUUGACUUCAUUUUGGAGUGACAAUUUUCAGAUGCCUUUUUGUAGUAACUGAUGUUUUAUAUCAUAAAUAUUAUGACUGAU